CUGUCAUUUCUGUCCCACGUUAGAGUAACGUUAACGUCAAAUUUGGAAGAGACUGUUUUGGACGUGAUAACGGGACCGAGACCUGCCAAGCUGGAUGGGUAACGAGAGCUAGCUCCCUGGCUAACUACCUUUCGCUAGUCUGCUAUAACUAUCACUACGGCGCGUCAGACAGUGCUCCUGUCAGAGAGGCAAAUUCAGCUGUCAGGGGAGAAACGCUCUGGAAUUCAUAAAAGGGGAUCAUUCGGCUAUCCUCUCAUUUGCUCGGACCAUUCUGUAUGCAUUGCUUUCAGGACCACUUAAUGUUGCACAUUUUGCACAGUUGUAAGUGAAAGGCUUUAACAAAUGGACUGAAGCGGAACGAAUUAAUUAUUUGAGAUAAGUAUUUAGUUAACCAGAAACAUUGUGGUCUAUGCGUUGUCAUAUCCUCAUUCAUUGGAAACCGAGUUAUGGAGCUGCCUGUCAAGAUAAAGAAGUUCAAUAUGCAUGCGGGAUCCUCGGACUGAGUGACUCGUGUUUGACGUUGUUCAGUCAUCGUGUUUUCCCAACUAGGAAUAACUGCUCAUCUGACCUUUUGAAACUAAUUGGACUACUGGACUACAGUUUGUUACGCAGGACAGAGGCAAAACACAGAACGAUCUUACUGUUUUAUUCUCACAUCACUAGCAAUGGUUUGGACCCAGGUAAACGGACGGACAUGCAGUCGUCGGUUCGCUCAUAGCUAACGUGCGUCUACGCGCAAUAGAAGGCUGCAGUAAGCGGACAGUAGCAUCGUUGUAUGAGGAUAUGUAAUUGAAAAGGCCUAUGCAAUACCAACAUAUACCUUAAUUUGCUGAUAUUUUCUCUUGGGAUACCGACACGAGCUUGUACUUUUUACUGUAUUUCUUUUUCACGAUAGCCACGGUCCGCAGUGACAUGGUUGUCCCAUACAGUACUGUAAACAGUGUAUCGUCGAGAGGGCCUGUUCUGAUACCAUCUACAAUUCAGCACCCGCCUUAUGGCCAUUAUUAGUCAAUAUUGGCGUUGAUCUAAAUAACAGAUCACUAGAGGAGCUGGAUAUUUCAACAUUUUUUGAAAUACUAAUCUAUGUAAAGCGACGGCGACUGAAAAUAUUUUUCUUCAGAGCAAGGACUGGAGGAUCAACCUGACGUGACUGUAAGGAUUUUAUCAGAGGGGUCGACCGGGGAGCAAAAAUGGGAGCAGCUACGAAAUUGGCAUUCGCCGUUUUUCUCAUCUCCUGUUCCUCAGGUGCCAUCCUGGGCCGCACGGAGACGCAGGAGUGUGUGUUCUACAACAUGAGCUGGGAGAAGGAGCGGACCAACCGCAGCGGCAUCGAGCCGUGCGACGGCGAGAAGGACAAGCGGCGCCACUGCUUCGCCACCUGGAAGAACAGCUCGGGCACCGUGGAGGUCCUCAAGCAGGGCUGCUGGCUGGACGACGUCAACUGCUACGACAGCAGUGAGUGUGUGGAGAGGAAGGAGUCUCCGGAUGUGUUCUUCUGCUGCUGUGAGGGGAACAUGUGUAACGAGCGCUUCAUGCACAGCCCAGACCCACAGGCAGUGCAGGGCAAGUCAACCACACACAGCCAGAGAACAGCGACGUCCAACCCGUACCCCCAGAAUCCCCAGCUGUUCCACACGCUGCUCUACUCGCUGGUGCCCAUCAUGGGCAUCGCCGCCAUCGUGCUCUUCUCCUUCUGGAUGUACCGCCACCACAAGCUGGCAUACCCACCUGUCCUGGUGCCAACCCAGGACUCAGGGCCCACUCCCCCCUCUCCUCUGCUGGGGCAGAAGCCACUGCAGUUGCUGGAGGUCAAAGCCAGGGGGCGCUUUGGCUGUGUGUGGAAGGCUCAGCUGCUCAACGAAUACGUGGCCGUGAAAAUCUUCCCCUUACAGAAUAAGCAGUCGUGGCAGAACGAAUAUGACAUGUACAGCCUGAGUGGUAUGAAGCAUGAGAACAUUCUCCACUUCAUCGGCGCCGAGAAGAGAGGCAGCCACCUGGACGCGGAGCUGUGGCUCAUCUCUGCCUACCACGAGAGGGGCUCGCUGACUGAUUACCUGAAGGCUAACGUGGUGUCCUGGAACGAGCUGUGUCACAUUGCCCAGACCUUGGCCCGGGGUGUUGCUUACCUCCACGAGGACAUCCCCGGCCUGAAGGACGGCCACAAGCCCGCCGUCGCUCACAGGGACAUCAAGAGCAAGAACGUGCUGCUGAAGACCAACCUGACGGCCUGCGUGGCUGACCUGGGCCUGGCGCUGAAGUUUGAAGCAGGCAAAUCAGCAGGGGAGACCCACGGACAGGUGGGCACGCGGCGCUACAUGGCGCCUGAGGUGCUGGAGGGCGCCAUUAACUUCCAGCGCGACGCCUUCCUGCGCAUCGACAUGUACGCUGUGGGCCUGGUGCUCUGGGAGCUGGCAGCACGCUGCACUGCUGCGGACGGGCCUGUGGAUGAGUACAUGUUGCCAUUCGAAGAGGAGGUGGGACAGCAUCCAUCUCUAGAGGACAUGCAGGACGUGGUGGUCCACAAGAAACUCAGACCCACACUCCGAGAGUGCUGGCAGAAGCAUGCUGGUCUGGCCAUGCUGUGUGAGACCAUCGAGGAGUGCUGGGACCACGAGGCGGAGGCGCGGCUGUCGGCGGGCUGCGUGGAGGAGCGCGUCAUCCAGAUGCAGCGGCAGACCAGCCUCAUCGCGCCCGAGGAGAUCACCGUCGUCACCAUGGUCACCAACACAGACUUCCCGCCCAAAGAGUCCAGCCUAUGAUGGCUGUUCGCCACGUGAAAAAGGGGGCGGGGCGGGGGCGGGGCAAGGACAGAUGAAGAAUGAGUGGAACUGACCCAAUCAGACGGCGGCACCAUCUUCACCUCCACUUCCUGGUUCACCCUAAGCAGAGAGGCGACCUUUCUCUGACCUCUGAGACUGGCAGCUGGGGUUGCCGUAGCGAUGGUGUUGAGUUUUUGUUUUGUGAAGCGUGAGGUGGAGUGGGGCUUCACCUGUCCUGACCUGCCUCCCCCCCCCCCCGUCUCCAACCUCCUCACAUUCAGGAAUAUCUGCACCCACUCAAGGGGGCGCCCUCGUACCACCACCACCACCUCGUUUCAAUAAUAAAAAAAACCUCUCAUCACCGUUCAUGUGUGCCUGAAGAGUACAGACAGGACUGCAGGUGCAAAACAACUGCCCCUACAGCAGGGGCAAAAAAAAAAAUAACCGUGAGCUCAUGGGGCAAAUCACCAUGGAAACAAGAGGAUAUGUGGAUAUGUGGUGGUUAGAAACAGCCCUCGGGGGCAAGUGUUGUGUUAAGAUUUUAUUUUUUAUAAAGUAUAUAAAUACAUCGAAAUAUGACAUCAGAAGGAAGGGACUUCUCCACUGGAUAUACUCCUGGUUUGGGGGGUGGGGGGCGGGGUUGUUAAUGAAAAAGAAAAACGACUAAAACAAAAAUAUGAAAUAAAUGAAGAGGACGAGACUCUGUGAAAGACUAGGUGAGGGAGAAAAAGGGCAACCUUCUUUUUAAAAAAGACAACAAAAAAAAGAAAAAAAAUAUUUGCUGUUCACUCUGGUGUUUUUAUGAAAUGACUUAUGGUAAUGCCAAUUAAGAUACAGCUUCUGAAUGUUUGGUGUGCUAGUGUUGUACAUAUAUCAAUGGAAAACCAACCAACCUACAGUACAUGCUAAAUCAAGGGUUUAUUGCUUGUCAGUUUUUUCUGGAAUUUUGUUUCUAAGCAUUACAUUUUAGAAAGGAGACCAUAAACCUCCCUCAACAAGCUAUACCUCAGUUCCACAUCUAUGACAAAUAAUGCACCCACACACACACACACACACACACACACAUACAAACACACACACACACACACACACACACACACACACACACUCUCUUUCUCACUCUUUUUUUUUUACUUGAAAGAAAGACGAUGUGAGGAAGAAAAAAACAUGGGAUUGGGAAAAAAAAAAUGUAAAAUGUGAAUCUCUCUCUAGUCGUUUUGUGAAACCUAAACUGAGGAUGCCAACUGACAGAAAUGCUAAGGCCAUAAGACUUCCAGACCAGUGUUUGACCUUUGACCUUCCGUUACUAUGCCUUUUCGCUUCCCGUGUCACCUGUUUUGUUUUGCUCUUGUACUUGCUUCCUUUCGCCCAUCAGAGCCACCUAACACUUAACUCUCUCAAAGCACUUUUGUUGAUCUGUUUUUGUUUUUGUUUGUUUUCCUUCCCAAAUACUGUACGUAUACGCUCGCUCAUCCUCACCACAAGGUGAAGAUUUCAUCAUUUUGUUCAAUGUGAAAAAAAGUUAACACUAAGAUUCUGUUCUGGUUUUUUGGUUUGCUGUGACAUGCAUAGCCUAGUUGACACUUUAUUUAACCGCCUUUAACCCAUGAUUUCAGUUUCCUUUCUGCUGAGUUUUAGUUCGCUGUCAUGUUUUUCUUUUUCUGUUUUCCUCCUCGUGAGACCCCUUGGUGAGGUUAGUCACGGGCCUUCCCUCUGAUUGGAACAGUGAUGUCAUUCCCCGUGUCCUGCGUUUUGUAAGAGCCCUUGAGAUCUGCAGGUAUCACACUUUGUGAGCCGCCUCAGGUAGCUGUCAUUGAGGACACCUGGACACACACACACACACACACACACACACACACACACACACACACACACACACUCAAACACACUCACACACAUACAUAUACAUUCGAUCAUCCAUGAGCGGCAGCUCUUUUGUUAAUUCUGGUGCCAUCAUUUAAUCCCCCAUCCUCUAUAUCAUGCGCCCACCAACACCCCCCCUCGCACCCCCCCCCCCCCCCCCAGCUCCCCACCAGCUCCCCACCAGCUUAACAGCAACUGGUAUUCUUGAGGCGCUUGUAGUGUGACAUUGUCAGAUCUUCUUGUUUCCUCAUCAAGAAAAGUUCAGAUUGCCAUGACAGGACUUACCGGAGUAAGUUCUCCGUCUCUCCCUCUUUCUCUCUGUGCUGCCUGGCCGUAGCAGCAUCGCAUCUACCUGUUCAAUUUCUCUUCUUCCUCCUCUCUGCUCUCUCAGCAGUCAGCAACUGGAAACACAUCAACCAUCAUCAUCUACAACAACAACAACAACAACAACAACAACAUCAGGGAUACAGUACUAUGCUUUUCUAAGUUACAGCAAUUAUGCAACCAACCGUGGUUACACUCAUUAUAAGGAACCACAUACAAACAAACAAAAAAAACCUUCUACAGACUGUAGCAUUUUUUUAAAUCAAAAACAAACUCAAAAAAAGCAAAAAUAAUUUAUUGCGUGAGAUGAAUCGGAGGGUUUCAUUUAGCCCAAUCUCUCUCUGGCCUGAGCAGUGUGAAGAACCAGGCCCGUGCCAACUCUUUUGUCUGGUUUAGAAAAAAAGAAAGGACACCAUCAUUAUCCUGACACUGUGUGUGUGUGUGUGUGUGUGUGUGUGUGUGUGUGUGUGUGCGUGCGUGUGUGCGUGCGUGCGUGCGUGCGUGCGUGCGUGUGUGUGCGUGUGUGUUAGGAAGCACUGCAGUGUGACAGGAAUGGUGGUGUUUGUGACAAACAGCCCUCGAUUCUCCCCUGGCAGGCUGAGUGAUGCGUGGCGUGUGUGUCGGUCUCCCUCUGCAGACCCCCCCCCCAUGUCAUGUAGCCGGUAGUGUCACUGGACCCACACCCCACACCCCUGCCUCUUCUCUGUGUCAGUGAUAAUGAGGUACUGACACAGGUGUUAUGCGCCAACCUCCCCAUCCCCUCCCCACCAAUCAGCACUUCCUAGUCACACUGUCCCAGCCAAUCAGCACCUUGACACCCCAACCCCACCCUCUCUGAGGUCCAUCCUCCUUCCUACAGUCUCUACUGUACAGUAACCCCCACUGCCCCCCCCCCCCCCCCCCCCCCUCCCCUGUCCGAGGCCAAGCUCACUAGAGGAGAUACAGGCCUCCUUUUGUAAGAAAUGCCCCCCUUCCUCCCUUUUGGUGUAAGCCAAGAAAUAUACAUAUAUAUAUUAAUAAUAAUACGGAUGAUAACCCAACUGGAUUGGCUGCAUAUUAUAGAAAAUGCACAUUUAUGUAAAUAUGAAUGUUGUUUUUAGAUUGUGAAUAUAGCAUGAGGUUGUUUCUAUUAUUUUCAAAGAUAUCACAAAGAAAAACAGUCCUUUAUUAAAAAAAAAGAAAAAAAAAGAUUAUUAUUCCAUAAGAUUUUACUGUUGUUUAUUUUCUAUAUCUAUUUUUAAUUGUUUUAAUUUAUGUCAGUGCCCCAGACCCCCACCCCUCUCGAAAGUCACUUGUUCUUAAGAUGAGGCUUUCUUCCUCUCAAUUUAGUUUUUUUCUGCUCAAACAAGGAUCAGAUGUAACCUUACCAAUGGCGCCGUGUUUAUAUAUAUAAAAAAGAAAAUCAAGUCAAGUCAAGUCAUAAUUUACCUCAGACAUCCCAGCUGACAUUAAAAUAAUCGAUGCCACCGAUCAGCCUCGGUACAGUGUUCCAGCAGCGUGUUGGUGUGCCAGUCGGCAUCUGACCUGCAGCAGUGUUGGUUUCUUUCUCUCCUUUUCCUCCUUUCUACAAACGCAUUACCUCUGAAACGCGACUGGCUAGCUCUGCUCAUCUCGCCUGCUUGGGGCGGGUUUUCACAUGGAGUUUAUGUCGCUAGAACCCUCAGUCUGCUCUUGGUCAGUCGGGGCCAGUCUGCAGCACCGACCGGAAAGGAUCGGAUCGACCCAACGUCUUUUCAAACGGACUCGCCAUUUUUAAUUGCUUUGCAAAAAAAAAAGAAAAAAGAAAAGAAAGAAAAGGAAAUUAAAUAAAAAGUAUUUCACCAACUGUUUCAGAAGGCCUGGUUGGAAGUGAUUGUUAAAUGUUGUACAGAAAAAUGUAUGCUAUUCCUUUAAAAAUAAAGUAUAGUGACUGCUCUGA